AUGACAGCUAGCGGAACACUCUGUCUGCAGAAUGGCAGUGUGGUCAGUUCAUUUACAGUAGACAAACUAUCGCUGUCCCAAAGGUUUCAGGGUUUGACUAGUGGGACCAAGUAUAUUGUUGCAGUGCAUACAUAUCGACAUGGAGAAUUCACUGAACUUGGUCGGGAAUGGACGUUCACACAACCUGAAAUGGAACCCUAUCUUGGAUCAAGGUCGGCUGGUGAUAAUAUAUUAAGCUCUACAAGCUUUCGUUGCAAGUUUCAUUCUUCACCAGAUGUUAUAUAUAGUGUACGUUGGUACGUUCAGCGACCUGAAAGAAAUUUCACCAUAGAAAAGGGAGGUGAAAACAUACAUGGAUUUCAAGAGCUAUCUUUAACAGAAGAGGAUCUCCUCAAGCAUCAUAUAACCUUGCCGUUCCGUGUUUCUUGUGCUAUAGCGGAAAACCCAGGUACAACGCAGAAAACAAGUUUCUCUGUGUCAUCUGACCGUAUGUUUGCUGGUAUUAAGUUACUGACACCCGAAAUAACUAUGCACAGGGACGAAACAGCAGUAAUUCGAUUUAGACCUACAGUUCCAUUUGGUUGCUACACAACACGGAAAAUGACUGACGUCUGCAACUUAACAAUGGCCGUCUCCAUACCCGUCAGUAAAAAAUGUACAGAGAUUAAAACAGGUAUGGAGAUAGAAAAGGUGUUGAGUAUAGAUUAA